CUGCAUCAGUGCACAUGUUCUUUUGCAGGGAUUACCCCAGAUUAGGAGUAAAAGCCGCCUGCUGAUUGGCUCGGCUCGAGCCGUGCCACUUACAGCUCAACAGGUUGCAUGCUUGGACUUGCACCUGUCCGGCGAUGGAUCUCAGAGCGCCCGGGGUUUUCUGCAGCUCAUGUGGGAGCCGUGGCUGAGCGGCCUGAGCGUUGGGAUGUAACCGUAGAGGAAGUGGUAGAUUAGCUGCCGUGCGGACUCAUGAUGGCGCUUCACCGGGGUCCGCGGCUCUUGGACUUCACGAAGACGCCGCCGCACCUGCAGUUCAACAAGUACGUCCUGACGGGAUACCGGCCCGUUUCCACCACGCCAGACUGCCUCAGGAGCCUCUUCUACAUGCACAACGAGCUGGGGAACAUCUAUAGUCAUGCCAUCCCCUUCCUCCUGUUGCUGGUGCUGCUGCCGUACAGUAUCCCCUGGAUGGAGGUGGACAGCACCUGGAUCUGUGUCGCCCACUACCUGGCCUGCCUCUGCCCCACCAUUGGCUCAGUGCUCUACCAUUUGUUCAUGAACCACAUCGGCGGUGAGCAUGUGUACGACACUCUGCUCUCCCUGGACAUGGUUGGGGUCUGCCUCGUUAACACUCUGGGAGCUCUUCCCAUCAUUUACAUCACCCUCCUGUGCUACCCGGCCGUCCAGCAGGCCGCCAUGUUGGCCUACAUCCUCCUGUCAGCCUACGGGAUCUACUGCGCCACCACGGCCCACACAAACUUCCUGCGCCUGCGGGCGUUUGUCUGGCAGGCCUUGUUCCGCAUCAGCCUCUUCCUGUUCCGGGUUUACGGCAACGGCGUGGGAAGCCCCGACUCGCUGCGGCUCUUCGUCAUCAUGGACGCCCUGGCUGUGCUGGGCGGGCUGGUCAACGUGAUCCAGAUCCCCGAGCGUUUCAGCCCCGGCCUGUUCGACAACUGGGGGAACAGCCACCAGAUCAUGCAUGUCAUGGUGGUCUGCUCCAUCGUCUACCUGCACUGGGGAACCAUGGAGGACUUGGCCUGGAUUAAGACCUUCCAGUGUCCUGCUGGGUGAAGCUCUGACCUGGGAUGCUUUAGGAUAUUUUCACACCUGAUGGUCCGGUUGAUUCGGUUCGAUUGGGGACAAAAAUUGCUGCUGCGGUUUGCUUCUACGGAAGCCAAGAGUGGAUUUUUUCCCUAUAUACCUUUUCCCAAUGGUUUUCUCAAGAUAACGACCGUAUUUUUCGGACUAU